AUUGGAACGAUCUUGUGUCGUGACACCGAUCGGUAGCAAGGAGUUCUGUUUCUCUUUGUUUGUUUUUUCUUUCUUUGUUAUUCGUGCUUACCGGUCCGCAAUUUUAAGCUCGUGUAAGACGAUACCGAUAGAUCAUAGGCGCGGGACACACCAAUGAACGUUUCCCACGGUAGUGACGUGCCGCCAGUUUCGUUACACGUGACAAGUGAACAGACGCUUACGUGAAGAUGCCCAGUCAAACUACCACCAUCCUGCUUAAGUGCUCCAUGGUGGAUGUGCCCGCCCUUAAUCACGUAAAGUUGAAAUCCCUGUACGGAAGUCCUGGAACGUUGCACAAAGAUGUCGGCGGUGCUGGUACCAAGGUCAGCGGAAAGACGGUCGGCGGUGUCGGCACUGCAACCCUCACAACGCUCUCCUCCAUUAAUAAUACAUCCAACACCAGCCGGAACAAGAACAAUCCCGUAUCUCAAGAGAAAUUACUGUCAUUCUUUCACCCCAAGUCGACGCGGGUGGACAAGUCCGACAACAACAAUACGACCAACUCGACGACCAACAACAUCCACAACAACAUACCGAUACACGAGCCUAUCAACGCCACAUCUCACGACGUAUAUCUUGGAGUAUUGCCAAUGACAGCUCAAGAGGCACUCAAGUACUUCGGUUCGAAGCUGACGGAAUUCGAGCGUGCGGAAAUCGAGAAAUACUCGGAGAUUUGGUAUCUGGGUCUGUCGGCCGCGAAAAUUCACGGCGAGGAGGGGUCAUCGCAAAAUGGAGGAUACGACGAUGAGUACGGUAGUUACAACAAGAUCCUCCACGAUCAUAUCUCGUACAGAUACGAGAUACUCGAGGUGAUCGGUAAGGGAAGCUUCGGCCAAGUGAUCAAAGCGUUGGAUCACAAGACGAAACAGUUCAUCGCCAUCAAGAUCAUCAGAAACAAAAAGAGAUUCCAUCAUCAGGCGCUCGUCGAAGUCGAGAUCUUGGAACACCUCAGGAAGAAAGACUUGGAGGCGAACGCGUCGCACAAUGUGAUACACAUGCUAGAAUACUUCUACUUCAGAAACCACUUGUGCAUCACUUUUGAGUUAAUGAGUUUGAAUUUGUACGAGCUAAUCAAAAAGAGUAACUACUCGGGAUUUAGCCAAAGUCUAGUACGACGAUUCGCCAAUUCGUUAAUUAGUUGCCUGAGACUGCUGCAUCGAGAGAAGAUCAUUCAUUGCGAUUUAAAACCCGAAAACGUGCUUCUGAAACAGCGGGGAAGCAGCUCGAUUAAGGUGAUAGACUUCGGAUCCUCGUGUUACAGCCACCAGCGUGUAUAUACGUACCUUCAGUCCAGGUUCUAUAGAAGUCCAGAAGUGAUUCUGGGUCUUCCAUACGGUACGCCAAUCGAUAUGUGGAGUUUUGGAUGUAUUAUAGCCGAACUCUACACCGGUUGCCCGUUGUUCCCGGGUGAGGAUGAGAUUGAACAACUCGCCUGCAUUAUGGAAGUUCUUGGCCUGCCACCAGAACACAUUAUCAAUCAUGCGUCUCGUCGCAGGCUUUUCUUCGACCCGAAGGGAAGUCCUUGUAACGACGCAGUUUUCGUGGACUUUGUCAGCAGAUGCCUCGAGUGGGAUCCAAAGAAGCGCAUGACCCCCGACGAGGCGAUGCGUCACGAGUGGUUGACCACACCCUCCUCUAUCAUGACAGCCUGGAAUAACGCGAAGAAGCGCAUAGAGGAGUCCGAGUCGCAGUCCGCCGACGUGGAAACCGUGAGCGUAACUGUGAGCGCUCCACGGCAACGCGCUACCACCGUCGAGCAUCCUCCGUACUACUCGAUGUUCUACCGUUAUCGCAACGGACGAAGGGGCAUGGAGUGGGGCGUGGACAAUAGGACCGAGAACACCGACAACGCCGACCUCGUGGUGAAGAGCAAGCUGAACGGGAGCGCGAGCAGCCACGCUCUCGCGAGUACCAUGCAGACCACUACCUCGAGACACGCCUCGACCGGCGAUAUCGUCGCGAGUCUGGACCCGAAUCUCGACGAUUCCGGCGUCACCGGCACGAGACUAAGAGAGAGAGCUGCCCAUGGAAGCACUUUGUUCGAGUGUAGGCAGAGCGGCGAGUCCAACAUUUAACGAGCGUAGUAUCUUAAGCCAACGUACACUACACAUACAUCCACUCUCACAUACACACAGAUUUAUAGUGAAACAAGAAAUAUCAAAUUGUGUAUAAUAACUGACAUUAACAAGACGUGUGUGCGACCGUAUGCAUGUGUGUGUGAGAGCAGCAAACGCAAGAAAAGGAAAGAAACAGAAAAACAAGAAAGGUACACCAGAGAGAAAGAGAAGGGAGAGAGAGCGCGAAAGAGGGUGUGUGUGAGAGAGAGAGAAUGUGUUCAGCGAGAAUGCGUUACAUUACCGCAUAUACAUAUAUACAUAUACGAUUUUACGUGUUAAGUAACCCACGCGGAAGCGAAUAAAAAACGAGUUAAAUAUAGGGUAUCCAUUUAGAGAAUAAAUAGAGAAGACCGUUCGAACAACGUAGCUCCAGUAAAAUGGAGUCCCCCCUGCUCCCCUUUACUCUUCCCAC